CUUCGCCCUUUGUUAUCGCAACCCCCAUUUUUUGGCCCAACACAAUGUUUAAAGCGACGUCUCCUCUUCUUUCCGGUCUUCUUUGGAAAAUUCCAUGGCGUAUCUCGGCGCCUCAGAAAGCCCGCCAAAGGAAGCGCCUUCGCUCCGUUGAUACCGUGGUGGACACCAUCAGCGCGGCCCUGGCACGGAACGGACUGAAGGCACGCUCUGUCGAUCGAUGGUAUCGGGAAAUGCCACGCGAGGAGGAAAUGCUGCCCAAAGAUAAAUACACCCUCUUCGAUAAGAAGGAGAAGACAUACCGCAAAGGAAUCCACAAGCUACCGAAAUGGACACGAGUCAGCCAGCGUGUGAACCCUCCCGGUUUCUAAACGGCCGUUCAGGGAACAUACCUCGAAGCGAUUCGAUGCAAACACCGCUACAAGGCUUUUUGGGACCGAACCCUACGAGUAAAUACUGGGAUUCAUAUUGUACGAUACACCACAGCGCUUAUUGGCCAUACUUUCUUGUGGAGGAGUGUCUUAAACUAGAAAACGGAUACAUGAGGGAUUAUCGGAGUUUUGGCAACUGGGCAAAUCGCACCAUGACUGUACUGAAUUUUCCUUUUUUUCUUUAAAUCAUAGUUAUGUUUA